AUGCCUCUCGCCAAACCCAUGCAACUGAAGAAUUCUUCUCAUCAUCAACCGCAUGAUCAUAAUCGGUACCAGGUUAUUAAUGAGGUGAGCCGUGGAUCGUAUGGCGUGGUGUACCGCGCUUGGGAUAUGGAGACCGGCGAAAUCGUGGCGAUCAAGCACGUGUUGAAGGGUUCGAGCCGGCGUGAAAUCAAAAUCCUGCAGUCGCUGCCUCGCCACCGUUUGAUCGUGGAGUUGAAGAAAGUGACGGUGGAUGAGCGCGGGAAAGUUCGUGUUGUGAUGGAGUUUGUGCCGAAGGAUCUCAGCAGGGUGAUCGCGGCCAGAAAGGAGCCAUUCACGGUGCUCCAACUCAAGGUCAUGAUAUGCCGGAUACUAAAGGGGGUCCGUUUUCUGCAUGAGAACGGUGUGAUUCAUCGGGAUUUGAAGCCCGCCAACAUUCUCAUCAACGAAAAGGAUCGGAUCAAGAUUUGUGAUUUUGGGCUUUCGCGGUGGGAGAAUGAGUCGGGAUCGUACUCACCCGGUGUGGGGACGCAGUGGUACAAAGCGCCGGAGCUUCUAAUGGGAGAGAUGAAGUACACGAGUGCGAUAGAUAUGUGGGCGGUGGGAUGCAUAAUGGCGGAACUGGUGAUGUUGAAGGUGCUUUUCCAGGGGGAUUCCGAGAUUGAGCAGCUUGGAAUGAUUCAGUGCUACUCCACCGAAACUGCUAUGCGAAGCAUGCUCUAUGCUUCUUCGCCGGUGCUUGGACUUAAUGCUGCUGCACUUGAUCUGCUCUGCAGCCUUCUUGCUUUCGAUCCCAACGACAGGAUCACUGCCAAUGAUGCUCUCAAACACCCCUGGUUUCUAGAGUUCUGA